CACGAUCAGACAAGAACCAUCAGCAAUACCGACAUGAAGGUCGCCUCCGAAGAGCCCCAAGGCACUAUCACCGUGGAGGUUCCACAGCACGCGCUGCAGAAGUUUCGCAAUCUGCUCCUCAAGGCGGUGGACAUCCGGAAUGUACGCGGGAUCUCCCAGUUUUUCGGUCUAGGCGAGGAGAAGCCAUUCAAUGUGCCAGGACGCGACGUUCUGGCCUCACGGUGCCGUAAGAACGCGCUUUUUUUCAGCGCUAACUACGCCAUCUCUGCUGCUCUUGUUGGCGUGGUCACCAUUCUGCUGAACCCGUUCUUCCUGUUCGUACUGAUCUGCCUGGGCGGCUUCUGGCUCUACAUGUCCAGCGCGACGGCGAACGAGUCGCCCGAGAAUCCGACGAAAAUUAUGGGACGCACAGUAACACCCGACCAGCGGAAGCUCGGCAUGCUCGGUGUGAGCGCUGCUGUCAUUGUCGUUUUCGGAGGAUCGAUUCUUUUCACGAUCUGCUCGGCCAGCGGCGCCCUUGCUAUUUCACAUGCUAUCCUUCGAGACUGCCCCACUAUCCGCGAGGAAGACGAGCUAGGCUUCUUGUCGAGCGAGGGUGACCAGAUCGCAGACACUGUUUAAGCGUCAUCAGCUAGGAUAACUAUGGAGGCCUGCAUAUAUCGGUCUGAAUGAAGUUACCAAAUGUGACUCUCCCCCUAACACCGAUACAUGUCAAUUCCCCAAUAACCCUUGGCAAUAAUAAGUAAGAAGUACUACGUAGUA